AUGAAGCAGCAGGACCCUGACUCGAGGGAGCAAGCGUGCAUGCUGUGUCACCGGGCAGAGGCUGACCCGGCCAUCUGUGGGUGCAAAAAGGCGAAGAAAGGGCUCUGUGCCCACACGUAUUGCCUGUUUCUUGCCAGCGGGCUUUUUCCACAAGAGAGCAGGAAUGGGUUUCUCGUUGAGGACACCAGACGCGCAAUCCAGGAGGCAGCCCAGAAGCGCUGCUUCGUUUGCGGCGAGACAGGUGCCACCAUCACCUGCCGGGAUAAGGGGUGCAACCGCAGCUUCCAUCUCCCCUGCGCCUCAGAGGGUGAAUGUGUCACCCAGUUCUUCGGGCUGUACAGGUCCUUCUGCUGGCAGCACCGCCCAGAGCAGGCAGUGCAGGCCAGUCCAGGGCAGAACAGCACCUGCAUCAUCUGCCUGGGCCUCGUGGAGGACAAAAAGUCCUACCACACCAUGGUGUGCCCAGCAUGCCAACGCGCCUGGUUCCACCGGAGCUGCAUCCAGAAACAGGCUAUCCACGCUGGCGCCUGCUUCCGCUGCUUGCGUUGCCAAAACAAAGAUCAGUUCGUGAUGGAAAUGCUCGCCAUGGGGAUUCGAAUCUCCAAGAGACAACCAUCAUGGGACAGUGACCGAGCAUUCGGACUGAUAUAUCAGAGGCACAUCUGCUGCAAUGCCAGCAAGUGCCUUUGUCUGGGAGGCAGGGAGCAGGCAGAGGAAGAGGGGUCCUGGCAACUGCUCCUGUGCAGCUCCUGCGCUGUCAAAGGCAUCCACCUACGCUGCUCCUACUUGAGGAACAGUGCAACCACCUGGGAGUGCGACUGCUGUGCUGGCCUGGGCACUGCCUCCAGUGACAAUUCAGAGCUUGCCGGCCCCAGCACCGCCAGCCAGACAGCACCACUGGGGCCAUCCUGCAGCUCCCCAGUGCCUGAAAGCAGCAGCCGCUCCAGCCACCCUGGGCCAGACCGGAUCCGACACCGCUCACGGUUACAACGGCGGGCGCAAAAGCCAUACAGCCGGCCUGCGAAACACUGCAGGAACAGCUGUGUGCCAGCCCCAACUGUGCCUGUAGCCGAUGGCCACCCGACUUCGCAGCCGGAUCUUGUCCGGGAGCCUCAGGGUGAUCCCACAGACGUGGCUGGAGGCAAUGGAUAUCCAGCUUCCCAGCUGGGUUCCAGGGCUGACACGCAGGGAGAUCGCAUGGGUCCUCAAAGAGCAAAGUAUAAAGCUGAAAUAGGAAAAGCUUCCCAGCAGUCAUCAGAAGCCUUAAAGGAAAUCCUGAAGGAAUUGGACAAAGCAGCACAUGAGAUGGACCGUGAGACUGUGGAGAAGGAGGCGCUUCAGGAAGGAGGCAGUCACACAGUGCCAGUCUCUGAUGAAACAAUGAGGGCAAUUCAAUCAACAGGCGUACCAGUGCUGUCCAACCCCGGGAAAGCCCACCACGCCAGGAUAUACGAAUUUUUUCGAAAGAGUCCAGGUGUGGAUGGCAAGAGAAACGCAAAUGCUAUGGAUCCUAAAGACUUCCAGAAGUACUGCAUAGAAGGCGCCGUGGCGAUCUUGGGCUCCGUGCUGUUUGGGAUGAUAUUGUGUGGUGUGAUCUGUCUGUGGAGGAAGAGAAGACA